AUGUCUUCGCCCAAGUCUUCACGCCCGCGGCCGCUUUCUGAGGUCCCUUUCCUCACCCUGGGAAGGAGUACAGCGGCCUCCUCUCUGGACGGCAAUUUCAGUCUCAGUCUGCGCUCGCCUGCACUGCUAUCCCAUGAUGCCGCCGUCAGAAAAGAGGGGCAUUCCCGUGGAGCGAGGGUAGCAUUCAGUCCGGCCUCCCCGGCAUUCUCACACCAUCAAGCUCCGCGUCUGCUGGAUAACCCCGGGCUCCGUGCUUCCUGUGAUAGUGAACAGUCUGGUCCAGACCGUCGCUUUGACGAUGCGAUAUUAUCGCCCUUUUCGGUCGGCACCGCGCCUGGGGAAGUCGCCGCGGAGGGCAGAGAGGAAGGAAAGCUUGGGACAGUAUCCGUGAUCAACAUCAUCGUGGGGAAGACGAUCGGGGUCGGCGUCUACUCGGUCCAGUCCGCGAUAUUUGCGGGCGUCGGAUCCGUAGGCAUGUCAUUGCUUCUCUGGGUGUUGGGCAGCGUCAUAUCGUUUUGCGGCCUUGCAGUAUACCUCGACCUUGGGACGGCGAUGCCAAAGAGUGGAGGCGAGCGCGUGUAUCUCGAACGGAUGAUCCAGCGUCCUCGCAUGUUGGCGACAUGCAUGUUCAUGUCGUACGUCGUUCUGCUUGGGUUCUCGGCUCCCAAUGCCAUCGUGCUCGGCGAGUACCUGCUCUCUGGCUUGGACAUCGAGCCCGGCAGGUGGUACGUGCGUGGUAUCGCAGUACUGGUGGUCUCGGCAGCUUGCUAUCUGCAUGCCUAUCAUCCGAAGUUUGGGCUGAGGACCAUCAAUGUCUUAGGCGUUUCCAAGAUGCUGGUGCUUUUCAUUGUCAUCAUUUCCGGGAUAGUAGGGGCCUCAGCGGGUGUGGGCAGCAACCAGGGUUCGGCUCAGAGGUACCGAAGAGGAGACGCGAAUGUGCCGGUAACGGUACCUGACAGCACGGCUGCGAGGAACUUCCAGAACAUCUGGUCAGGGUCAUCCACACAGCCAUACGACUACGCCACGGCCUUGCUCAAAGUCAUCUACUGCUUUCGAGGGUUCAGCACGGCCAACCAGGUUCUCUCCGAUGUGCGAGAUCCAACGCGGACGCUCAAGAUUGCUGCGCCGAUCGCAUUGACCAUUGUCUCGCUUGCGUACCUGGUCGUCAGCAUCGUCUUCUUUCUUGUGAUUGAUAAAGACGACUUCCAAUCCGGCGGCGUGAUCCUUGCGAGCGUCUUCUUUCGCAACGUCUUCGGCCCAGGUUUCGCUGCCCACAUAUUACCGUUCUGCAUCAUCGUGUCUGCAGCAGGCAACAUCGCCGCCACGUCCUUUGCGCAGGCGCGGGUGAACGAGGAGCUAGCCAAGGACGGGCUUCUGCCUUGGUCUGAUUUCUGGAUCAGAGGGGUCAAAUCAAGCAUGUGGUCGCGUGCAAAAGACAAGGAAGCAGAAGGAUCUGAUAGCGAAACACAUGGAAGCACGUCAGGGCCGCCCAGGGGCGGUCUGCUGUUGCACUGGCUGGUCUCCGUCCUGGUCAUUAUCGUGCCGCCCCCAGGGCGCAUCUACAACUUCCUGGUCGAUAUCGGAGGCUACCCGGUCUCUGUGAUCAGUGUCGCCAUAUCUGUCGGGCUUUUAUGGCUGUACCGAAGCAAUGCUUCGUGGGUUUCGCCCUGCCCAGCUCCCACAUUUGCCAUUGUCAUCUUUGCUGUGUCCAACUUGAUGCUGCUCAUACUGCCAUGGCUGCCGCCAACGAGUGGACGAAGCGAGGACGGAAGACUGCCGUAUUAUGCUUACCCGACGACAGCACUGGCUGUCCUCGGCAGCGGAGCGCUGUACUGGUGCUGGUGGCGAUUGAAACCGGGGAGAGAUGCAGUGCGGCAUCAAGGUCAAGCUUGGGAAGCUUCAAGAAAUGAGGAUUCAAUUGAUGGAGCUACCAUAGGGUUGCUUGAUGAGCGCCGUGGAAGAGAAGAGUAG